CCAUUGUCGGCUCAUCCCAUGCCAUACAAAUAAGUGUUUAAUUUAUUCAUAUAUCUUCCUAAUUAGCAUUAAUAUUUCGAUCUCCUUCUUUAAUAAUUAUAUAUAUACUAGUAUAAUAGUUUGAUGAUCUGGUGUUGAUUGUUCUUCAAAUCGGUCGUACAAACUGUUGACCAAAGCUUCCCAACCGCCGAACUAAUUAAUUAAUUCGUUAAGCAAAUGAGGUCUCGUCGAACAGCCCCAGACCCUACAAUGCCUCCAGUGUUUGUAGAUCCCAGGGCAGAUGAAUGGGAGCAACGUGAGUUGGACAAGAUCAGAAAGUGGUAUGGUGAGCAGGAAGAAACAAUUGCAAAAUGGGAAAAUGAGAAUAAAAACAAAGCAGAACUUAAGCUCAAAAAAAUUAAGGCUGAAUUGGAAGAGAAGAUUGCAAGAGCUGUUGAGAAUUUCGAAGAAAAAGUUAAAUGGAUAGAAAACACAUCAAGAAAAGCAAUGACACAAGUGGAAAAAGAGAAGAAAAAGGAAGAGCAGAAGGUGAAGGAAGAGGCCAAUCAGCAUGGUGAGGAGGAAGAAAUAAUUGCAAAAUGGGAAAAUGAAAAUAAGAACAAAGCCGAACUGAAGCUCAAAAAAGUUAAGGCUGAAUUAGAAGAGAAGAUUGCAAGAACUGUUGCGAAUUUCGAAGAAAAAUUUAAAUGGAUAGAGAACACAUCAAGAAAAGCAAUGUCACAAGUGGAAAAAGAGAAGAAACGAGAAGAGCAGAGGGUGAAGGAAGAUGCCAACCAGUUAAGAUUUACUGGUAUCCUCCCAGAGCAAACGACUUGUUCCCUCAUGUAGCUACUGAAUCUAUCUCAUCACAAAUUUAUCUCAAGAUUUGCUCUCUAAAGGAGUUCUAUAUUUUAAUAGUAGCUUUAAUAACUUUUUAAUGACUUCUAAUAGAAACAAUAACAAUUAUAGUUAUAAUCUAACAACAUUAUUGUACAUAAUCCCUGUAGUAUGUCAAUAAUUUUUAGGGAAAAAUACAUACAUAUGAGUAAACUCAUACAAAU